AUGGACUACCGUUCAUACCCUACUAUUCUCUACGGCAGUUGUGCCAUCGAGCGUUCCCCUCUUCAAUAUCCACCAUUCGAAGAGGAAUUCGUUACGGAGUUCCCGAUUGACGGAUCAGAUUCCGCUGACUGUGGGUUCCGACUGGGGACCCGGGAUCGGGGAGCCGUGGAGGGCGCCCUCGCUCGGGCUAAGAAGGCGGCCAGCAAGAAAGCCAUUGUGGAUUUAAUCCCCACAAAGCCUAAACACCCUUCCCCUGCCCCUUCCACAAAGCGGAAGAGGUAUCGGAGUCGUCCCAGAAAGUCUGAUCCAGGCGGUACUGCGGCUGCCUCCACCUCGCGCGAGGAACUUCUGGCCCCGGCCAGUGAGAACAUGACUCCGGCCUUUACAGAGGCCGCCGCGUCGAGCGAUGUGGCUCCUGCUGGUAUGGUCCUCCAGUACCGAAACCCAGCGGCGCCCCCUGACCGAGUGGCGGAGGCUAUUCGGAGAUACCUCCGUAAGAAGGAAGCGGAAGGAUGA